CCCACAUCCUGAAGUUCACCACGCGCGCGUGGAAAGGCGCGUGAUGACCGAGUCGCAUUGGACCUUUAAACAGUCGUUGCCAAACGAAGGAAAGGAAAGAGACGAAAGGAGGAGAGAGAUUACGCAUUUGCCCCUGCUGACUCUUCAAUUGACAGAAGCCAAGGCAGAGAGGCGCACUCAGAUCACCACUGAGAGCCUUCUGAGGAAAAUAAAAACAGGAGGAAUUGCACGUAAUAUGUAGGCUAUACUACGCGUUCAUCGCUUUUCUAUCUUCUGGAGAAAUUUUACGCACCCCGGAAGACUAAAGCAAACGCCGCAGAGAUGAGUGUUGCGCGGUCUGGGGCGCUUCUGAAGGAUUCCCGCUCCUGAUAAAGGGACCAAAAAGGACAAAACGAGGCUUUUUUCCCCCCCUCCCAAAGAAGAUCGCAAAGGUGGAGCGAUUAGAGAAGGGCUGAUGAAGGGACUAUUAAUCCUUUCAGUGCAUCAAACGCACCAAGGGGCAUUAGAAACGUUUGGAUGGAAAUCGGAACUGUUUUUGGUUUUGUAUGAAACUGGUGAUUAAUUCUUGUGAGUUUCCCCGCCACUAAACAGAUAUAAGAGGUGAUUUCUUCUUCUUGUAAAAGGUUGCGUGAAUUAGCACAAAAGAGCUCUCACAUCUUCGUCUUUUUGUUUUUCUUCUUCAAGUAUUUCUAAAUCUAAAUGGAAUUAGUUGAGUCUGAAGCUGUUUGUGAAAGAAACAGACAUGGUACAUGGGCACAGCUUCCUUCACGUUGUGGCAAGUCUACUCAUACUCGGGUUGUCUGGGGCAACAAAAAAGGAUACAGCUACAGGGAAAAACAAUUCUGGAGUGAAGCCUGCAGGUCAGUGUGGAGCGUGGGUAAAAGAAGCAGAAGGGGGGCUCUUCACCUCUCCCAAUUACCCAAACAAAUACCCCCCGAACACAGAGUGUGUUUAUAUCCUUGAAGCUCCUCCAAGACAGUGCAUCGAUCUACACUUUGAGGACAAUUAUUCAAUCGAGUCAUCUUGGGAAUGUAAAUUUGACAACAUUGAGGUCCGCGAUGGACCAUUUGGCUUCUCCCCGAUGCUUGGGCGUUACUGCGGUCAGCACAGCCCGCCAGAUAUCAGGAGUAGUGGCCGAUACCUGUGGAUAAAAUUUGUGACAGAUGGAGAACUGGAAGGGGUGGGAUUUUCAGCAAGUUACAACUUCACUGCAGGUACGUUUAUUUAAAAAAAAAACAAAAUG